GGGACGGCUCCGUCUCCCCCUGGCCAUUCUGUCCACAGACAUGUACGUGUCGGGCAGUGUGUUACGUGUGGGGGAAAACGUGGCCGAUCCCAGAGACCCGCUCCUUGGCGAUCAGUGCUUCCCUACUAGGCUGCAUCGCUCAUUCUCGCUUAGGUAAGCAGCACUCAGCGCGGUGCCUGUCAUACAGAGGGCGCUCAAUAAAGGCCUGUCGGAGGCAGGGCAGUCAAUACACUCUGCGUAAUUGUUCUGCGGCGGUUCCCCACUAUGAGGCGCGCCUCGAGGACCGGAAUAACUGGCCUCUCAUUACGCGCACGCCCAGUCCUUGCCGUGGAUACUGGGUGUUGCAGGCUUAAGCCGCGCAGCUCCUCCUACUGCAUACGCGUCUUCAGAGGUGGAGACCGUAGACCCAGCCGGCCUUCGCUUUGCGCACGCGCCUUUCGAGGUGGAAUCCCGGAAUGGUUAUGGCGCGUUUCUCCUCCAGGCAAGGGUCGUGGUCCCACGCGCAGCUUGAUGACGACAUUUCGGCGCCCGGUAGUCGAGUGAAGGCCUCUGUCCCUGAUGCGAGCGACGCUGUGGACCCCACAGGUGCCGACAGCCGGCUUGCUGCUCCUCUCAGCUGCCCACCAUGGCCCAGGGGCUGCCCAGCACCGCCAGCCUGGUGCGCUUCUGCCAGAAGCUGAACCGGAUGAAGACACUGGAGGAGUCCACCAGGGAGACGUCACUGCAGCGCCACCUGACCACGCUGGACCUGACCCUGCUGGGUGUGGGUGCCACAGUGGGCUUGGGCCUCUACGUGCUCACGGGCACUGUGGUCAAGGAGAUGGCCGGCCCUGCAGUACUCGUGUCCUUCGCUGUGGCUGGCGUGGCCUCCCUGCUGACAGCCCUGUGCUAUGCGGAGUUGGCGGCAUGUGUGCCCCGCAGGGGCUCUUCCUACCUGUUCACCUACAUGUUCAUGGGUGAGCUGUGGGCCUUCCUCAUUGGCUGGAUAUUGAUCCUCCAGUGUCUCACUGGUGGCGCCGCCAUAGCCCGCGUCUGGAGCAGCUAUCUGGACGCCAUCUGCAGCCACCACAUCCGCAGCUUCACUGUGGCCCAUGUGGGCAUCUGGCAGGUGCCCCUCCUGGCCCAGUACCCAGACUUCUUGGCUGCUGGCAUCAUACUUUUGGUCUCUGCAUUUGUCUCCUGUGGAGUCCGCAUCUCUUCCUGGCUCAACCACAUCUUCCUUGCCAUCAGCCUGGUCGUCAUCCUCUUCAUCAUCAUCCUGGGGUGUGUCCUGGCCCGCCCGCACAACUGGAGCGCUGAGGAGGGCGGCUUUGCUCCCUUCGGCUUCUCCGGCAUCAUGGCUGGUGCUGCCACCUGCUUCUAUGCCUUCAUGGGCUUUGGCGCCAUUGCUGUCUCUAGCGAGGAGGCCCGGAACCCAAAGCGAGCUGUCCCUAGGGCCAUCGCCAUCUCAGUUGCCCUGGUGGUUGGCACCAACAUCCUUGUCUCCACUGUGCUCACCCUCAUGGUGCCCUGGCACAGCCUGGACCCUGACUGGGCGCUCACUGACGUCUUCUACCAGCGAGGCUAUAGCUGGGCAGGCUUCAUCGUAGUGGCUGGCUCCAUCUGCGCCAUGACCACCGUGCUGUUCAGGUACAUCUUUUUCCUGCUACAUAUCAUCAGUGCCAUGGCCACCGACGGGCUCUUCUUCCAGGUGUUUGCCCACGUGCACCCUCGGACACAGGUGCCCAUGGUGGGCAUUCUGGUGUUCAUGGUCAUCAUGGCUUUCCUAGCGCUGCUGCUGGACCUCAAGACGCUGGUCCAGUUCCGCUGCAUCGGCGCACUGCUGGUCUACACCUUCCUGGUCACCAGCAUCAUUGUGCUACGCUUCCUAAAGGCCCCUCCAUCCAGUUCCUUGGACCCAGCCAGCCCUGUGGGCACAGAGCAGGCCUCAGCCCCUGAGCCUGGGCAGCUGCGACCAGCCCUGAGGCCCUACCUCGGCUUCCUGGGUGGGUGCCGGCCUGGAGCUGCCGUGGCUUGGGCACUUGGUGUCCUACUGGCCUCGGCCAUCACUCUGGACUGCGUGUUGGUCUUCGGGGACUCGGCCCUGCACCUCCCGCUCUGGGGCUACACCCUGCUGCUCCUGCUCAGCUCCGUCAUGUUUCUGCUCAGUCUCCUCGUCCUGGGGGCCCACCAGCAACAGCGCCGGCAGGACGCCUUCCAGAUUCCCAUGGUGCCCCUGACUCCAGCCCUGAGCAUCCUCCUCAACAUCUUCCUCAUGCUGCACCUGAGCUCCCUGGCCUGGCUGUGCUUCUCCAUCUGGCUGCUGAUCGGACUCGCGGUGUAUUUUGGCUACGGCAUCCGGCACAGCAAGGAGAACCAGCGGGAGCGGCCGGGGCUGACUGCCCCACGCGGCAGCCUGGAGGAGACGGUGCAGGCCCUGCAGCCCCUCAGCCAGACACCUGCCCAGGAGCCCAGACACACAGGGCAGCCUGACAAUCCAUGAGGACCACUAGGGAGCUGCUUGCCCUCCCCCACCUUCUCGGGAGACCAGAGGGGCUGGAAGUCCCCUCUGCCUGGUGCAGCUCGGGUUUGCAGGCCUGCACAUGACUGGGGGUUCUCAGGACUGCAGGACCUUAGCCCAGGUGUCAAGUCUUUGGGAGUGGGCUGUGGACAGCGCUGGUGUGGUGGACUCUUAACCCAGCGCCUUCCCGUUUAUGACCAACUCCAGCUACCUGGGCAGGUGGAGUAGGGCGGGCAGGGAAGAGGCCCCCAGCCCCGGGGAUCCACAAUAACAACAUGUGGCCUGCUGCCAUGUCCACUGUGGCAUCUUUGUGGCAGAGUCCUCACUUGCUCCCAGGAUCUAGACAGUUGUCCCUAAUCAACAGCAAAGUUGCCGGGUUCUCUAAGAGGGAGGUACCAGGACUGGGACAGCCCUGAGUUAGGGACAUGGCCAGGCCUGGGUCUUGGGGUCUUGCCCGCAGGCCAGUGCCCUCUGCCCAGCUCAGAGGGGAGCUACACACACCAGGAACAGAGGGGUCCCUGACAGGGUGGAGUCAGGCUCACUCCCAGGCUCCACACAUGUGCCCUCGGGGGUUGAUCCAGAGAGCAGAGCCUGGACCCCAAGGCGGCCGCCUAGAAAGGGCUGUGGAGUUCUGGGGUUCCCUCGGUUUCCCAGGGCUCCCAGAGAGCAGGGCAUGUGCCUGAGGCCUGCCCCGGGAUGUGGAGGCCCACCUGCCCGGGUACACGCACUCCAGGGGCACAUGCUUGCUGGCAGCCAGAGGGAGCCAUGUUGGCCUGACUCACCACACCCAGCCAAGCUGCUCCGGUGCCCAGAGUGAGGGUUGUGGGGAUCAGCCCCAACUUCCCUGCCUGAGACAGACCUGGGCUGAGUAUCUCUGGCUGUGGCUGUCACCCCUCCCACCCCUCACCCUUGCCUGCCCCAGUCUGCCCCCUACCUCCAGUGACAGGGAUAUCAAAGGAUCCCAUAGAGCUUGAGCAGGCUCCGGGCCUCCACUCCUGAGCCCUCCCACCAGUGAGCAGCUGUCCUGGGGGCAGGAGGGAGUCUAGUGGCCUGCUCUGCCCACUCCUGGGCUGGGCUGCCCCUCACAGGCCUCAUCUUCCUCAUCCAUUGACUCCAUCACCCCCAGCCCGAGUCCUGGGUCUCAGCCCUGUGUCACUGCUGAGGA